AUGGAGAAACUGCAACGCUUGCUGAUUGCCAAUCGCGGCGAAAUUGUGAGCACGCCCCGCCCGACUGCAUGACCAGCUGUACGCAUGUGAGGAAAACACGAGACUGACACGCCCACACCAAAGGCCGUCCGCAUCAUCCGCACCGCGAAGAAACUCGACAUCUUCACCGUCGCCGUCUUCACCGAGCCCGACGCCGCCUCGCUGCAUGUCUCGCACGCCGAUGAGGCCGUGCUCUUGCCGGACGCCACCAGCUAUACCGAUGGCGACGAGAUCAUCCGUAUCGCCAAGGCCAGGAACUGUGACGCCGUCGUUCCCGGCUAUGGCUUUCUCUCCGAGAAUGCGGCCUUUGCGCAAUCCGUCGCGGACGCUGGGUUGGUCUUCGUAGGCCCGAGUCCGGAUGCGAUCAAGUCGUUCGGCAUCAAGCACGUCGCUCGCGGUCUGGCGCAGGCUUGCUCGGUGCCCAUCGUUCCGGGCACUGCUGGGUUAGUCGGCAGUGAAGCCGAUGCUCUUUCGGAGAGUGAGAGACUCGGCUACCCGGUCAUGCUGAAGAUCACAGCCGGUGGUGGAGGAGCCGGACUCAUCACGUGCAACACUCCUGACGAGGUCAAGACGGGCUUCAAGACUGCCCAGUCCCGCGGCGAAGCUCUGUUCAAAGAUGCCGGCAUCUUCAUCGAGAGAUUCUUCCCGGAAAGCCAUCACGUGGAGGUCCAGGUCUUCGGCAAUGGCGCAGGGAAAGCCAUCCAUUUUGGCGAGCGAGAAUGCUCCAUUCAGCGGAGACAUCAGAAAGUCAUCGAAGAGUGUCCAAGUCCCUUUGUCGCGAGCCAUCCUGGUCUCCGGGAGAGACUCUGUCGUGCCGCCGUGUCAUUAGCCGAGUCUGUGAGAUAUGGCUCUGCUGGGACCGUUGAAUUCCUGGUGGAUGACAAGACUGCUGACCUCUUUUUCUUGGAAAUGAACACCCGCCUCCAGGUCGAACAUCCGAUCACUGAGGCUUGCUACGACAUUGAUCUUGUGGAACUAAUGCUGAAGCAGGCCGACUCUCAUCUGACAGGAAAAGGCGGCCUAUCAUCGGAGUACCUGAGCUCCUUGCAACGAGCUGGUCCAACCGGGUGUGCCAUCGAGGCGCGAGUGUACGCCGAAAAUGUACUCAGAGACUACGCGCCGUCCCCAGGACUGCUAACCGAAGUCCUUUGGGCAGAGAUUGCGAACUCCCGAAUUGAUACGUGGGUGAGGACAGGGCUUCGGAUUUCUCCAAACUACGACCCUUUGAUUGCCAAGGUACGACACCUGUAAGACUUCCAACUCAACUUUCUGACAUUCGGCAGGUCGUCAAUCACGCCAAAACUAGAGAAGCCGCGAUCAAGGGCAUGGAGCUGAUGCUAUCCCGCUCAAGAUUAUCUGGCCCUCCCAACAAUCUAGAGUUCCUUGCGGCGAUCAUGAGCGAUGAUGUCUACAGAUCUGGUCGCACCAUCACAUCUUUUCUGCAGAAUUUCGCAUUCAAGCCUCCGGUUGUUGAUGUGAUCUCAGCAGGAGCUUAUACACUGGUACAAGACCUCAUUGGAAGGCCGGCUGUUGGCAAAGGCAUACCACGUAGCGGUGCUAUGGAUCCCAUUGCUCUAGCUGUUGGAAACCUGCUCGUGGGAAACGACCGCAGAGAAGCUGGGCUCGAGAUCACUCUGUCUGGACCAGAGCUCCGAUUCCUCGGCCCAGCCGUCGUUGCCAUCACGGGUGCACCGAUCGAAGCGUUCCUAGAUGACGAUGCAAUCCCACUCUGGACGAGGAAACAUAUCAAGGCGGGCCAAACGUUAAAGAUUGGAAGGACCACCGGCGGGGGCUGUAGGUCAUAUCUAGCAGUGUAUGGCGGAUUCCCGUCCAUCUCGGAAUACUUUGAUAGUAAAAGUACCUCUCCCAUUGUAGCUAUCGGUGGCUACCAAGGACGGCAAUUGGCUCCUGGCGACCAACUCGGUCUUGUAAAAGAUAUCUCUAAGGGUCUUGGAGCGCACCCCAGUUUGCCAGAAAAGCUACGGCCCAGUUAUACAUCCCACUGGGAAAUCCUGGCCAUGCCAGGUCCACACGAAGAGGGCUAUCUGACUUCCGAGGACAUUGAGAUGCUGUACAGUACCCGGUGGAAGAUCUCUCACAACGCUAGCCGAAGUGCCAUUCGACUCAUUGGACCAGUGCCAAAGUGGGCUCGAUCGGACGGUGGCGAGGGAGGCUCUCACCCUUCCAAUCUUGUCGAGUAUGGUUAUUCUUGUGGAUCAUUAAACUGGACUGGAGAUGAGGGUUGCAUCUUUGGUCUUGAUUGUCCCAACUUUGGAGGCUUCGCCAGCUCGGCCACCGCCAUUCGGGCAGACUGGUGGAAAGUAGGCCAGAUAAAGGCUGGAGGUUAGUUGUGACAGCACAUCACCGUGGCCCUUGCACACUGUUGACAGGACACAGACACCAUUCAGUACAAGCGCGUUUCUCUAAAGGAAGCACUCGGCCUAAGAAAGAACCUCGACAACUAUGUGGAUGCUAUUGCGAGCGCCGUUGAGACGGGCACUUUCGAGAAUGCUCCCGCUUUUCCUACCAUUCAAGAGCCCAGUGACCGUUACGAGAGCUCGGUCUUGUGGGAGCGUGCUGCCAGCAAGGAGUCUCCGCAGGUCCGAUAUCGCCAAGCAGGCGACGAUUAUCUUCUCGUCGAGUAUGCGAGAGCGGUCCCGUCUUCACAGUUGACCAAAUGCUAACAAAGUGAUGCAGAUAUGGCAACGAACAAUUUGAUCUCAAUUACAGAUGCAGGACAACGGCUCUGGAAAAGGCUCUGCACUCGACAGAUGCGCCUGACUGGCUGAAGCAGAACCUCACUACUACUGUGAGCGCCUGCACGAGCGUGAAUAUCUGUCAGUGCACGAGUGUGUCUCUGGCCUGACUUCGCUGAUCGCUUUACUUUCUAGGCUACGAUGGCUCCAAAUUACCCCGUGACAAGCUCAUCGCGCACCUGCAGACACUUGAGGACCAGAUUGGCGACCUUAGCAAAAGCAAGGUACCUUGUCGACGAUUCAGGCUGCCACUUUCCUUUGAGAGCAAAGAGCAGCAAAUGGCAACGCAGCGCUACAUGGAGACCCAACGACCUCACGCUCCAUAUCUCCCGGACAAUUUGGAGUUCGUGGCGAAGAACAAUGCUUUCACGCCGGAGCAACUGAAACACAACCUAUUGAACGGAGAGCUGAUGGCUGUCGUCGUUGGCUUUUUCUGCGGAAAUACGGUGUCCCUGCCCGUCGAUCCUAGACAACGGAUGUCUUGCCCCAAAGCAAAUCCAUCCCGCGUCUUUACUCCGGAGGGUACGUGGGGCUGGGGAGGCUCUUGUGGGAGCAUUUAUCCGGUCGACUCUCCAGGCGGAUACCAGAUCCUCGGCCGUACGAUCCCAUGCUUCGACUACUAUGGUUUCAAAGCCGGUUUCAAGCCCGAGAGGCCGUGGCUGUUCCAAGACUUCGACAUCAUCACGUUCUACCAAGUCACCGAAGCCGAAUUCAACGAGAAGCUGGCUCUGUUCCGCUCUGGCCUGUACCAAUUCGAAUGGGAGCCCGCCGAGUUCGAUAUGGCGGAGCAUAACAAGAUGCUGGCGGAGACGGCAGAGGAAGUCAAGGAGAUCCGAACGGCGCAGCGAAGAGUUCAAGAGCAGAUGAUACAAGCUGAGAAGGAGUCAUUGGAGAAGUGGAGGGCCGACAAGGCGAAGAAUAAAGUCGACGAGAGCACCGUCGACUCCCUCCUCCAAGACCCAGCCAUCACUGCCGUGGAAGCCCCCGUGGACGCUAAUGUAAGCUCUCGUCAUCUGAAGACUCUGGCACGGGAAUGCUGAUGCCCUGCCACAGGUCUGGAAAGUCGAAAUCCGAGAGCAGGACGACAUCAAACCCAAGCAGCUCGUAGCGAUUCUCGAAGCGAUGAAACUCGAAAUCAACGUCAAUGCGCCCGAGAAUAUGAAGCCAGGCAAGGCCGUGGUGGAGAAGUUAUUGGUCGAAGCGGUAAUGUGUCUCCUUUUUCUUUGGAGCGAGAGAAAGCCGUGCUGACGAGAGAGCUCUUUCGUUUCUUAGGGCGAGACGAUCAAGGUAUGUAUACAUGCGAUCCCCCAAAGUUUUUGUACCCGAGAUUUUGAGGCUGAUUUUCUCCGCAGGCUGGUGGACGGAUUGCCCUGAUUCGACAUGUGCAGAGCUAG